AUGGCGGAGCACGAGGGACGGUACGAGAGUAACGGAGGAGUUUUCCAGGAAUUGCAUCCUAUGCAGCAUCGGAGCUCGGGUUUCGAUGCUCGUGGUGACUCCAGAUCCCAGGUUCUCCUCUAUACACUUUUUCUCUAUUCUGCGGGUCUGAUUUCUGUUCUCUCGAGAUUUCCCUCCCCUCCCCGGUUAUUUUGAAGAGAACGGCUCUAGGGAGUAGGAUUGGUUCCUCGUGUGGCGACCGAAUGUUAGCUAUCUCGUAUUGUUUGUUCUGUCGUUACAUAUCUGAUGACGUCGGGGUCUUGGUUUUUCGUUUUUAAUGCUUGAAGCAGUUCAUAGAUUGGAACAUUUUUGAGAAUUGUGUUAUUUUUUUCCUCAUUUGGGAUCAUCCCUUCCCAUUUCUUAAGAUAGCCACUUGGAUAAACACUCAGGAUUUUAGGUUUCCUCUCAGUGCUUUUUUUUAAAUUUAUUUCCUUUGUGAUUCUUCUACUUCCACCGAAAAAUGGCCUCUAGCUGAAAUUUUGAGGUUAGGCUGCAUAUACCCUUAUUUGUUGUGUUUCUUCAACAACAACUGAAUUUCUUUAUCCGUCUCUUUGUUUGCAAUCUAUCUCUUCGUGCCCGUAUGUAUUUAUGCACUUAUUUUUGAUGAUCUUCUCUUGUCUGUUUCUCUAGUAUGUGUUCAAAGCCUGAUGACUAGGCUUGUGAUUGCAGUAUGAAUCUCAUGAUUCUGAGAGGGCUUCCUCCAAGAACAAAGAUAAGGAAAGGGAGAAGGACAGAGGGGUCAGUGCUCGUUCGAGGGACCAUGACAGGGACCGUGACAGGGACCGCGAAGGAAACAGAAACAAGGAGCGAGACAGAGAACGAGAUCGGCACCACAGAGAAGAUAGGGAUAAGGCAGAUAGAAAGGAGCGUAGCAAAGACAGGUCAGAUGACAAUGAUCAUCGCCGCAGUCGAGAAUAUGAUAGGUAUCACACCUGCGUCUGUUGCUCAAAGCAUUUAAACCAUGAAAGCCAAUUCUUCUGUGAUUUUAACUCAAAAUGCAGUUUUUCUAUCAAAGUACGAAAUCGUUUCUUUUUGCUGUGUAGGAUAUCAACAACCAUCAUCUAAAUUCUUUAAAGAAUUAUAAUUUUCUCUGAAAUAGAUCUUUUGCAUUAAUCUUGUUCAGGAAUUCUUUCGGAUAUAGGUUUUUUCUUCUUUGGUUCCCACAUUAUAGAGAAAGUAUUUCUGUUAGAAUGGAUUGUAAAUAUUUUUGUUAAAUAAAUUUUGAUGUGGACAAAGAAUCACUGGUCCCUUUAGUUGCGGUUGCUGUGUAGGAUAUCAACAACCAUCAUCUAAAUUCUUUAAAGAAUUAUAAUUUUCUCUGAAAUAGAUCUUUUGCAUUAAUCUUGUUCAGGAAUUCUUUCGGAUAUAGGUUUUUUCUUCUUUGGUUCCCACAUUAUAGAGAAAGUAUUUCAGUUAGAAUGGAUUGUAAAUAUUUUUGUUAAAUAAAUUUUGAUGUGGACAAAGAAUCACUGGUCCCUUUAGUUGCGGUUGCUACCAAUUGUUAGGCCUCAACAACUUGUCCUCUCUUAAUGCCUUUCAAUAAGCUUUUGUAUCAUCAAUUCUGUCGUUUCUUUCAUUGAAACUGAAUAAUUUAUAUUUUCCUUGAAUUCUUAACCCGGUUUCUCCAGGCAUAAGGAUUAUGAUAGAGACAGAGAAGGACGGCACAGUCAUAGGUCUCGUUCCCACUCAAAGAGUAGAUCAGAACACAGAUCAAGAUCUCGCUCUCGCUCUAGGUCAAAAAGGUUAGCUGAAAAACUUUUGUUAUUUAUCUCUGACUGAUAGUACCGUCAGUUUGUGGAAUUUAUUUUGGGAUGGUUCUUUACGUUCUUAUUCUUUAUCAUUUUAUUCUAUGUGCGUAUUAUUUUCAUCAACACUGUCUCCACAAAGAAGCAGUUAUGUAUCAUUCUGUUUCCUACCAUGGGGCAAUUCCAUAUUCUGAAUUUUUGUAUGUCUCUAUAAUCUUAUCAUUCCAUGCGUACUAUGCUUUACACAUUGAAGGAUUGUUCUUUUAUGGUGGUAGCAGUGAUGCUUUAAAAUAAAAAACAGGAGGGUAUCUAUCGCAAUUCAGUCUUCUAUCUGCUGAAAGAAAAAAGGGUUAAAAGGUAAUCGUCUUAGAUGACCGUGGUGCUUCCUGAUUCUUGGAGGUCUAAUACUAGGGAGGAAACCAGAAAGCAGAUUUAUAGAUUCAGGCUUAUAGCCGAUCAGAGGAAUCGAUCCUUCAAAGAAUUGUGAGGAUCAGAUGUGCCUGCUAGUAUUACCCAAGUUAAAAGCUAUUUUUUUAAUGUACCUGGAUUCUUCUUCUUUUUUUUUUGGCAAAUAUCCUAUAAUGCAGCUGGUAGUUGGAGCAUCUACCGCUCAUUUUAUCUGCGCAGUUACCAACAUUUUAUCUGCGCAUGUACCACAGGUAGCUGGUAGUUGCUGCCUGAUCUCCAGUGUAAAUUGAUGACGAACAUUUCUUCAUUAGAUUCCCAGAUAUUACACAAUACCUCUUCAGUCGAUGGUAUCAAGACAGUAGUUCACAAAUAGAUGGUCCAGAGUUUCAUUUUGAAUGCCAUUGAGAUGCACACAUCCUUGCUCUGGCAUGCGAUUUUCUUUGACUUAAUUUCGGACGUUCAUCUCAUCUCUAUCCACGAGAUAUUAGGACUCAUAGUUACAUUUCCUGACUUUUACACAGCUUUAAGUUGAUCACAUUCUUCUCUAGUCUGCUACAUUUCCUUCCUUCAGCAUUCAUUAUUUCUUAUCAACCUUUUCAAUUCCUGUCUGUUGUUCUUAUAUGCAGCAAGCAACUGGACAUUAAAUUCAUGUUAAAACUAUAAUCCUUUGGAAGUGUCACUCACGAUUCCUAUCAAAUUUAUCUUUUGUCAUAAAAAAAAAGGUUACAGAAUUAGGUGUAUAAGUUCAACGUUAUUUUUUUCCAUUCUUGUCUAACAAUCCUUAUUCCAUGCUAAUUCUUUUUAGCAUGCGAUCGCCUUUGUCACUGGAAGAAUUUUUCUGUCUUGAAUUUAAUGUGUUCAAGGAUGCUUUCCCUUUCACCUUUUGUGGAUAAUCAAUGAAAAGAUUAUUCUAUUUUGAAGAGGAAGAAUUUUUUAUUCCUUCACGUGGCAUUUUUUGGAUUUAUUUAUUUUUUAUGUUUUUUUAGGAGACUUUAUCAAUCAGAUUGUCCAGAGUGGGUAGAUGAUUGAUCUCAACAUCUCUUGAUCCCAUUGUUUUUGCGUUGGGCUUCUCUUUUAUAGUUCAUAUUGCCUUUUUUUUGUACCAAGUUGUCUCUAUCCUGCCAAAAUUCCCUCCAAAGUUACUACGAUCUUAUCAUUCAUGUAAGUGGAUUAGUGGAUUCUCAUGCGUUCUUUCAUUGAUUGUGAUUCUCAUCAGAUUUUCUUAUGGCCUCACUUAAUUUGACAGUUUCAAUAUUUUAUAUACGAGUUUGGCCUGUUGUGUUAUGAUCCUGCUAAUCGUCCUUUUGGAAAUGUCAUUUUCUCAUGUAUAAAGGAGAAGCCUUAUUUUUCGAUUAUUUGCUGAUUAUUGAGUCAUCUGAUGCAGCAAAAGAACCAGUGGAUUUGAUAUGGCGCCUCCUGCUGCCGCAUUGAUACCCGGUGCUGCACCUGCUGGUAUUGGUUCUUCAUCUUUUACAUUGAUUGCGUUUUGACUUUUCUCCUUUUUUAUAGCUAGAUGAAGGUUCAUAUGAAUUGCAUUGGGUUAUUUUGGUAAGCAAUGUUCAUUUAUUCUUUUUAUAAAGAAAUUAAUUUUUGGCUAUAUAAACUACAUAAUUUGGAUGACCUGAGUUAUUUUGUCUUUUGAUCAUACAAUCAAAUCCCAAACUGAGCGCCGUUUUUUGGUUGUUUCUUGUUUUUGGUGGUUUUUGUCUGCCUGUGUUUUUAUGUUGUUGUAAGAAGGCAAUUUUGGGCCACUUUUCCCACUGUGCUGCCAAUGGGCCUGAGCCGACUACUGUAGCUUAUAUGUAGACGGAGCAAUCAAUGCAACGGUUUGAUGGAUCUUGUUCGUCUUCAACAGGCAACUAUUGCCUUUUUUGGUAGUCUUACAAAUAUUUCCCUCACUACUUGAAAGUAAUCUAUUCCUUUCAUCUUUUAUAACUUCUGCUAGAGGGAAGGCGCUCUAUUACAUUGUCUUCAAGUACAAACAACUACAUACUAUAUGAUAUCAUUUCCCAUUCCUUAUCUCAUGUUACUCAUGCUUUCCCUUCAACACCUUGAUUUGGUUAUUCGUACAGUCCAAGUGCCCGGAGCUGUACCUGCUAUUUCUGGAAUUUUCCCAAACCUCCUGUUGCCUGGACAGGUAUGUUCACAUCCUCGUAGCCCCUUUCGCUUCCCAGUUUUGUUAUGCUUUGUUUGAUAUGCUGUGUUUUCGUGUCAGUUCCCUGCUAUCCCUGUGAUGCCAGUCCAAGCAAUGACCCAGCAGGUAGGCUGAUCUCUUCCCUCUCUUCAAGUUGCCUUUUUUUUCGUUCAAUCUCAUCCUUCCUUUAGCUUUGACUCUGGUCACUGCAGGCUACUCGACAUGCACGGCGGGUAUAUGUUGGCGGUCUUCCGCCUACUGCAAAUGAACAGGUUCUCCAUAAAAUUCUUCCUUCCUUUCUUUCUUUCUUUCUUUCUUUCUCUCUCUCUUUCUUUCUUUUUUGGGUGGGAUGGGUAGGCCCAUCUUUACAGUAAUCUCUUUGUUUUCAUGUAGGCCUGUGUUUGAUUCAAUUGCCAUCUCUCCCUUCCUCUCUCUCUCUCUCUCUCUCUCUCUCUCUCUCUCUCUCUCUCUCUCUCUCUCUCUCUCUCUCUCUCUCUAUCUAUCUAUCCCUCUCUCUCUCUCUGCCUCUCUAUCCCUCCCUCAUUCUCUCUCUCUGCCUCUCUAUCCCUCUCUCUCUCUCUGCCUCUCUAUCCCUCCCUCAUUCUCUCUCUCUGCCUCUCUAUCCCUCUCUCUUUCGGCCUCUCUUUCUCUCUCCCUCUCUCUCUCUCUCUUUCGGCCUCUCUUUCUCUCUCUCUGUGUAUGUCUCUCUCUGUGCCUCUCUAUCCCUCUCUCUUUCGACCUCUCUAUCCCUCACUCUUUCUGCCUCUAUCUCUUUCUCUCUCACUCUCUGUGCCUCUAUCCCUCUCUCUCUGUGCCUCUAUCCCUCUCUCUCUGUGCCUCUCUAUCCCUCUCUUUCUGCUACUCUUUCUCUCUUCUUCUUCUUGGCGUCUGCUAAUUUUUUGCGUAUUAUGAUAAUCUCUAUGACAGUCGGUGGCGACCUUCUUCAGCCAGGUGAUGGCGGUGAUAGGGGGAAACACUGCAGGCCCCGGUUUGUACUCCCUUCCCAUUCAUAAAACCCACCCACCCUGCUACUUUUCAAUGCUCUCACUGACAUCUUUUUAUCUUUAUUUUUGAAGGUGAUGCCGUCGUUAAUGUAUACAUAAACCACGAAAAGAAGUUUGCCUUCGUGGAAAUGAGGUCCGUCGAAGAGGCCAGCAAUGCCAUGGCUUUAGACGGCAUUAUUUUCGAGGUAGAAAACCCACCUCCACCGUUUGAUCCUCCCUCGACGGGUCUGAUCAUCUCACCUGUUUUUAUUUAUUUAUUUAAUAAACCCAGGGAACCCCAGUGAAGGUGAGGCGACCAACUGAUUACAACCCCUCGCUGGCGGCUGCUCUCGGCCCGAGCCAGCCAAACCCAAAUCUGAACCUGGCUGCGGUUGGGUUGACCCCUGGGUCGGCCGGUGGGCUCGAGGGGCCGGACCGGAUCUUUGUGGGUGGGCUCCCAUACUAUCUGACGGAGACCCAGAUCAGGGAGCUUCUAGAAUCAUUCGGGCCUCUCCGGGGGUUUGACCUGGUCAAGGACAGAGAAACGGGGAACUCGAAGGGCUAUGCCUUCUGCGUCUACCAAGAUUUAUCUGUCACGGAUAUUGCCUGUGCGGCUCUGAAUGGGAUCAAGAUGGGGGACAAGACUCUCACUGUGAGGCGCGCCAACCAGGGCGCCGUCCAGCCCAGGCCAGAGCAGGAAAGCAUACUGUUGCAGGCCCAGCAGCAGGUUGCUCUUCAGGUAAGUCCAUCUCCCUCUCUCUCUCUCUCUCUCUCUCUGUGCCUCUCUAUCCCUCUCUCUUUUUGCCUCUCUCUCUCUAAGAUUGGUGUUUGCAGAGGGUCGGACUGGGCCUCAGCCUAAGUAAAACCUAUUCGCGUUUCACCUUUCCUGAACCAUGCAUAUAUAUAUGUCUAACGUAUUUAUUUUUUAUAAAUUUUUAUCUGAUGUUCCAGAAGCAGCUCAUGCUUCAACCAGGCACGCUCCCCACGAAGGUCGUGUGCUUGACGCAGGUGGUGUCUGCGGAUGAGCUGAGAGACGAUGAAGAAUACGAGGACAUCUUGGAAGACAUGAGGGGAGAAGGUGGCAAAUACGGUAAUUUUCACCUCCUUCGUGCCGAUGUCUGAAGAUGGUUCCUUUUUUAUGUUGGGUGUUCUUGACUCCCUCCGUUGACCCAGGUAACCUUGUCAACGUGGUAAUUCCCCGCCCAGGUCCGAAUGGCGAUCUGAACCCAGGAGUCGGGAAGGUCAGCGCUUAAUCAAUUUAUUUUUAUUUUUAAAAAAUAUGAUGUUUCUCCUUAUCAUAUGCCGCCCUCCGUGGUGAAAUGCUAAUAUUCUGUUUAGUUUUUUUAGCGCAUGAUUUCCCUAAUUUUCUUGAGCAUAUUUUAAAAAUAAUUAUAGCCUUUUUUUCAUGGGGGCUGGCUUUCUACAUUAUAAAUAAAAAUAAUUCAUAUUAUGAGAAGAUGGUGUUUCUGAGGUGUUAAGUGCCUUUUUUUUUGCCAAAUAAAAAUAUCAUAUUAAAAAAGCCUUAAAUAAAUCUUAUUUUUUGGAUUUAAUCUCCCUGACCGUGGCCAUAGACCGGGUGUUUCUCCUAUUUUUUUCAUGGGGGCUGGCUUUUUUUUUGCUGAGAAAAUUUUGAUUUUCCUGAAAUAACCGGGUGUUUUUUUUUAAUAUAAAAUAUAAUAUUUAUCCUCUGACAGGUCUUCUUGGAGUACGCCGACUCCGACGGCUCUUUAAAGGCUAAGAUGGGCCUCAACGGGAGGAAAUUCGGUGGGAACCAGGUGGCCGCAGUCUACUACCCCGAGGACAAGUUCGCUCAGGGCGACUACAGCUGUUGA